AUGGAAAAAUUGAGCAGUCACUGGCAAAACCUCUCCUUAGAGCAUCGGAGGAUCCAAAAUGGUCGGUCAAGUUUUUUGUUGGCGGGUUUGAAGACGGAGCAAUAUUCUCCGCCUUACCCUUACGACAGCAGGGUCAGGAUGUGUCUUCUCUUAUCCUUCGGUGACGAAAUCGUGAGCCGGGCGUUGCCGAUGAACAACAGAGAAGAACCCCCGAGACUUCACGCACACCUGGCUCGUCCCCCCAUGGGAUCGACCGACGAAUCUGCAAUCUGGAACCGAGUCCCGGAGUUCAUUCAGGGGCCGUAA